AAAUUCAAAUUUUGGUGAAGUCUAAACUACACUUUAGCAGAUUCUCUGCUCAUUUCUCUCACGCCUCUCUCGUCUGUCCCUUUGCGAUGUGAAAGAAAGCGAGAAGGAAGACCAGCGUGAAGCGAUCGUAACUGAAAGAGAGAGAAUCGCAUGUACUUUUUCUUUCGCUCUUAGCACAUUAUGUUCCCCAAGAUGGUAGAGUGAGACCGUCGAUAGGCUGUCCUGUGGUGCGUAGUGUGUUAUGCUACAUCGGGACGCGCGUGAACCACAAAAACCGUACGGUUCUCUCGCGUCUCUUUUUCUCGGUCGCUCUCUCGAGGUGGACGGACGUGUAAAUUUCGGUGCGCUCGUGCUAUUUUGAAAGUGUAUUUCCUCGCGUACGUUUUACCAACCGGGAAAACAAGCGGAUACAUCACCGGGAAAGUGCGUAACGGGUCAGGUGUAAAGGCGAUCGACGGCUCCGAUCGAGUGUUGCUGCAAGUGUGUGUUUUUUUUGGGGUUUUUGAAGCAUUCAGUGUCCGUGCGUGUGCGUAGUUCUGUGUGUACGUGUAUGUGUGUGUUAGUGUCAGUGCGUCACGCACGGUGACGAAAUCGUGCUCGGCGAGUGUUUUGUCAAUUUUUGGGCGAUGUUCUAAGGUGGAUCUCGCUGUCAAAUGACGUCGGUGCGAUGAAAUAGAAUACGAAGCAAGAAUAAAUCAUUGAUCCCGAUGUGCGAUCGUGUUGGCGAGAGUGCGUGCCUCGAAUGUGUUUAUGUGUGCGCGAGUGUUUGUGUUUAGCGUGUACACAAACAUAGAAACAACGGUGUAGAGAACGACAAGUGGAACAAAAAAAAGCAGAAAACACACAACAACCCGCCUACAAGACGGUGUACAAGAUCAUCGCUUUUAAGGCAACAUCACAGGCAGGCAAAAUUGGAUGGAGACGGUUUGUGUCAAAACGUUCGUUUCGGGAGGUUUGCCAUAAAUAAUUCCGGCAGGCAGACCAGCAGGAACUGGCGCAAACGGCAACAGCACCGGUCGCCAGGUUUUUUGGGAGGGAGUUAGUAAUAAAAGCAAAGAAGAAAAAAAACACAAAUAGCAAAACAAAACGAUUGAACAUUGAAGGAACAAAAAAACAAAAAGACAAGUGAUAAGUGAACCUCCAACACCGAGCCGGCCACGGUAGCAUUCAUCGCGAGAAAAGAUGAUUGGCUCUUAAUGAACUACGAGAGGACGAGACAAACAUUAACAGCGUGGCAUCGAUAACUUCACCGGCAUUACAGCGCACUGCCCAGAGCAAAAGCCAUUUCUUUUCCACUGGAUAGACACCAGCCACAUUUUGUCGAAGUGAGCUCCGGACUAUACGAAAAAAAAGCGAAAAACAAGUUGAUAUGCUCUGAAACCGUUUGAGCCGUUCAUACGAAGAAAGAAUGUGUUCCGCAAGCGAUCGACUCAGCGAGGCCACUCAACCACCAUUACCUUUAACCUCUUCCAAUAUGCAAACGGAAGAAAGUACACGUCACCUAAUACACCGGCAUCCCGUAAGCAAUAGGAGAACCUGCAGUAUACGGAAGCACCUGCCGACCCACUGUUGGUACAGUUGUGCAGCCCGACGGAUAUCGUAUUGUGUGGUGGUGCUGUACCUAGCACUGACCGUUUGCUUCCUUCCCACGGUGUUCGGUUCAUCGCAGUCUUCAUACUCUCAUCAUUCACAUCACCCUCAUGGACAUCACCAUCAGGCGGCAGUGCACGGUGGUUCCGGUGCCACCAGUUCCCAUCACACGGGCAGUGGAUCAUCCUCCCAUCAGUACGGUGGCUCAUCGGCGAGAUCUAGCGGUGGUAGCUCGAGCAGUAGUGGUCUCGGUGUGUACAUCAUACGGGCACCCGAGUCGACGAUCGCUCCGGCUGACGAUGAGGUACUGUUCGAGUGUGAGUUGAACCUGGUGCCGGAGCAACUGGACUGGCGGUUCAGGGCACAAGGAACAACGGGACAACGCAAAGACUACGUUUUAAUCCAGAACAGUCAUCAAGGAUAUAACGCAAGCAUCGCCGACGGCCGGUACAAGCUGCGUGUUUCUGUCAGCGAAUCUACGAUAGGAGAGUACCAGUGUGUGGCAUGGUUUGGAGCGUCCGCGAUCGCAUCGAUUCCGGCUCGCUUGACGCUGGCAACGAUUGGGCUCGAAGCUGAAAGUGUUCCCGGUCGUCACGAUCGUGUACCUACGACUAUGAGACGCAUACAACCACAGCAGCAUUUCAAGGUAUUUCCCGGAAACAGUAUUAUCAUCGACUGUGGUGACAUCGUUUCAAAUCCUCCGCCAAUUUGGAGCUACUACAAAGAUGGCAUGACAAUCUAUCCGAAUGUGACGCAACUUCAAACCGGUCGACGACUCAUAUUGGCUUCGCUGACUCAACGCGACACUGGCACGUACUGGUGCUCGGCGGUUAACUCCAUCACUGGCAGUGAGGUCAUUCUACCACAGCGAACCACCGUCACGGUGGAGUACGUACCACGGACAGCACCUCAUGCUUUUACGCUGCCACAGAACGUAUCGGUACUGCCUGGCGAUACGGCACUGCUUGAAUGUCCCGGCGUUGGUAAUCCUGUGCCAAUUCCGGCGUGGACGAGAGCCAACGGUAUCCCAUUGAAUAGUCGUGCCCGCAUUCAAGACUAUGGACUACAACUGUCCAACGUACAUCCUGAAGACGAGGGUCAAUAUAUGUGCCGACUGCAGAACGGUAUCGAUCCUCCGCUGCUCCAUUCCGUGUGGUUAACUGUGCUAGAAUCGCCACGUAUCGUUGCCCCACCACGAUCCACGCUAACCAACGAGAGUGACAGUUUGGAGCUGGAGUGUAUAGCCCGUGGAUCACCACAUCCCGAUAUUUACUGGAUGAUAAACGGCGAUUACGCCAAAUGGGACAAUCUCAUACGAACGAAUGAUACCCGAUUCAUCAUCGAAUCGGUUGAAAAACGGCACGCCGGUAUUGUGCAGUGUUUCGCCCGCAAUUCCGUCGGCGAAGCAAGCGAAGGCAACCUGUUACAAGUCAUCCCGAAACAGAUACCCGGAGGUGUUGGCACGACGCCACUCGGUUCCGUACCAUCGAGCCCGAAGUCGGGCGGUGAACAUUCGCCCAAGCGUAAGGGUGGCAAGAAACACAAAAACCUGGUGAUGAUACCUCCUUCGCGACCAAACAUUACUCGUCUGACAGACGAAUCGGUGAUGGUACGCUGGUCCGUACCCUCGAGCGAUGGAUUGCCGAUUCAGUUCUUCAAGGUGCAGUACCGUAUGUUGGGCGAUCCUUCCAAAAACAUUGCUCGCACUCAGUGGAUGACGGAGAAUGAAGAUAUCUCGCCGUACACACGAUCGUACGAGGUGAACAAUCUCAAGUCGGAUCAUCUCUACCGGUUCCGGAUUCUUGCAGUGUAUUCAAACAACGACAACAAGGAGGGAGCGGCAUCCGGUAAAUUCCAUCUGCAACGUGGUUCUCAGCUUGGUCUGACCAAGAAUCAUCUGCUAGCACCGACACUCACCCGCAUCGAGCCCGUCUCUCAGCAUGCGGUCGUACUUCAGUGGCAAUUCCCGCAACAUCUGCCGCAUCCGAUCGAUGGGUUCUAUGCGUACUAUCGGCCCGCAACGACUGCCGGCGAGUAUUCGAAGGCAACGGUGGAUGGUAGCUCAACGCGCCAUUUCAAGAUCGAUCACCUAGAACCGGGAACGGCCUAUGAGUUUAAGCUGCAAUCAUUUACGGCUUCAGCUGCAUCCGAUUUUAGUGCGAUUUUGACCGGUAGGACAUUGAAGCCACCGACUCCCCCACCGACUGUACCGACGGUGAUUGCGGCAGCUGAAGGACCCGACGGAAGCCAAGUUGUACCGGUCAACUAUCUGCUAGUGAUUGGCUGUGUGCUAAUCGUGAGCGUGUUGAUCGUGCUAUUCCUGUGCUGUUGCUUUAGUCGUCGUAAGAAGCGAGGUCAUGGUGCUGAUGAAACAGAGGCCAAGGUACACAUCCCGGUCGAUCAGAAUGGAUUUACGGGUAUUGUCAGCAAUGGUGGUCCACGGGUAGCACAUCACAAGACGCGAACGAACGGCAUGAAUGGACGGAUGAACAUUACGCCCAACCCAUUAGCACAGGAUGGGGACAAGAAUCGCACCGUGAUGGAGCUGCGCUUCCUGCCCAACACGCUGGUAGAGGGUGACCAGCACCAGCAGCAGCAGCAGCGUUCGGUUACCAAUCCGAUCGAGGGUGGAUGGAGAAGAAAGAAACGAAACGCAACGGUGGACGUGCCGAAGAACGAACCCGGUGAUGGAGGCGAUGGUAGCGAUGAAGGCGACGAUACGAACCCGACCCCAACGACAAACUCCAGAGAACUGCCCGCCACUAAUAACAAUCAUCAAUCGAUUCCCAACCAACAGCAGCAACAUCAUCUUCAGCAGCAGCAGCAGCAACAGCAGCAACCACACAUUACAGGUGCACUUCCGCCGUUGCAUCAUCCAAGUGCCGCCACAGUAGCGAUGAACAGCUGCGGCAUUCCGCAACAGCAGCAGCAACAGGAGCAGAUGAUGCUGGCGUCCAUGCCCCAUCGCCGUACGCUGGAACGGACUGCGGUGAGACCGAUCCCAAAUGGAGCCACCAUGGCGUACGGCAUCGAUCCGAAGCUAAUGCUCGACGGCCAAACCGUGCCCGACUGUAGGCAGUCCUCCAUCAGGCGUACGCGCCGUGGUUCGGGUUCCGUACCCGGUAGUCCACGGAUAGGUCGUGGACCUAGCAGUGAGUUCCUUCAGCAGCAGCAGCAGCAACAACCCGGUGUAACGGUUGCGCGCUCACCAAUGCCAAUGCGAGCCGCCGGCAUGAAACGAUCAGCAGCGGCUGCCACACGACUCGGUCGGGCCGAAAACAUGUCGUCGGGAAGUUUGAACAGUAUUGAGGUAUGAGAAUGACCGUACAGCGCCGUACCAGACGGCGCCAACACCACCACCCUUACCCGCACCUCGUCCCGCAAACGUAGAAGGCGCUUUAAGCUGAUGUACCUGGUGCGUCGCCAACGGAAGCGUGCCAGCUUGGCCGAUGGGCGCAGUAACAUGCCUCGCCAGGAUAGUGAGCAUCACUGUCAUAAGCAGGCGUUCUACGAACGGGCAAAUGGGUACCGGUUAAUAUCCUGAGUAUCACCCAUUGAGCUGCUGCUCUCCAUACUACACGAUCUGGUGGUUAGCGUUUAGUUUAGCUGCUGCGUGAAAGGGUUCAGUUUUUGUCAUGCCUUUUGCACUUCAUCAUCCGUCCAUUGGGUUUUUGCUUUUAUAGAGAGAGAGAGAGAGAGAGAGAGAGAGGAGGGAACGAGAAUCAUUUCGUCUGUAAACAAACCACCACACACAGAGUCCUGUACACACUAAACAUAAGUUUUGGCUUAUAAGAUGGAUGUUAUUUUAAUUAGGCUAUGUUUAGGUUGUGUAUCAUUAUGAUUUCCCCAAACAAAUGGGUGAAAAAGACAGAGAGAUCGAGGGAAUGAGGGGCGGGGGUAUUAACACAAAUCUUGCUGUACUUAAUCUUUACUUCCAUAAGGAUGUUUUAGUUCGAAUGUACCUCAUUUCCCGUGGAUAUGCGCAGUCGAGUCGAUAAAAUGUAAAUAAUGCUAAAAAUCCCGUCUUGCAAGAAGGGUAGAGGAUAGAAAAAAAGAUUAGAAAAAAAUUGUUAACAGCUAACAGUAGACUAGCGAGAAAGAAUGCAAAAAAGAGAGAGAGAUGGGGAGAGAGAGAAAGAGAUGAAAACAAAAGACAGUCAUGCGUUCGGUGAAGGUGUGCUACUUAACCAUUUUCUUAACCAAUAUGCGUACGGUACGAUCACACAACAAAAAGCGAAACACAUCUAAUCAAGACGAUCAUCAAAUUUCCAUUUUAAAUCGGUCAAGUUGCGGAUGUGAAAAAAACAAACACAGGUCCGUUUCAAAGAAAGCUUUGUUUCAAAGAGCUUCCUUCAACUGUUCCGUUUAACAAUCAGAAAUUUGAUAAUUUUUGUAGUAGCUAAAACCAGAUGAUACUAUUAAAAUGUAACACACAGAUUUAUGCAGCAAAUAUAAUCGAAUAAUCAACUGAA